GCCUGGUUCCGGUGUCCGCCCCGCGGCCCCUCCCGCCGCCGCCGCCGCCGCCGCGAUGGUGCCGCUGUGGCGGUCCCGCUGCCUCGGCCGCGCCUUGGGCCGCUCGCUGCGCGCCCUGCGACAGGGGAACUGUACUCUGGCAAGAUGCUCUCUGUCUGGUGUGGCUGGGAGCCAGGCACUGGCUUACACAAACAGCAGGAAGCUUCUAGUAAAUAGCUCCAGUGUCUUCACUGUCCGGUACUUCAGAACCACUGCAGUACGUAGGGAUGACGUGGUUACGGUGAACACACCAGCCUUUGCAGAGUCAGUCACAGAAGGAGAUGUGAGGUGGGAGAAAGCUGUUGGAGACACAGUGGCGGAAGAUGAAGUGGUGUGUGAGAUUGAAACAGACAAGACAUCAGUGCAAGUUCCAGCCCCAGCAGCUGGUGUGAUUGAAGCCCUUCUGGUACCCGAUGGUGGCAAAGUCGAAGGGGGGACACCUCUGUUCAAACUCAGGAAAACUGGAGCUGCUCCUGCCAAGGCUAAACCAGCAGCUGCCCCUCCUCCUCCUUCAGCCCCUGAACCUGUAGCUGCAGCUGCUCCUCCCCCUCCCCCUCCUGCAGCACCAAUUCCCACAACAAUGCCACCAGUGCCGCCUGUGUCAACUCAGCCCAUUGACAGCAAACCAGUGUCUGCAGUGAAGCCGGCUGCAGCCCCAGCGGCAGCCCCUCCGGGGGAGGCAGCGCCCACCAAAGGUGCCAGAUCAGAGCAUAGGGUGAAAAUGAAUAGGAUGCGCCAGCGUAUUGCUCAGCGGCUGAAAGAGGCUCAGAAUACUUGUGCCAUGCUGACCACCUUCAAUGAGAUCGAUAUGAGCAACAUCCGGGAGAUGAGAGCUGUACACAAGGAUACCUUCCUGAAAAAGCACAACCUGAAGCUAGGUUUCAUGUCAGCUUUUGUGAAAGCUGCAGCUUUUGCUCUGCAGGACCAGCCUGUUGUGAAUGCAGUGAUUGAUGACACGACCAAAGAGAUUGUGUACAGGGACUAUGUGGACAUCAGUGUUGCUGUAGCAACUCCUCGGGGUCUGGUGGUCCCUGUGGUUAGGAAUGUAGAAAACAUGAACUUUGCUGACAUAGAACGUGCUAUCUACGAGCUGGGGGAGAAGGCACGGAAGAAUGAACUGGCCAUUGAAGACAUGGACGGCGGCACUUUCACAAUCAGCAAUGGAGGGGUUUUUGGGUCACUCUUUGGGACACCUAUCAUUAACCCACCCCAGUCUGCCAUCUUAGGCAUGCAUGCCAUCUUUGAUAGGCCUGUGGCUGUGGGAGGCAAGGUCGAGGUGCGGCCUAUGAUGUACGUGGCGCUGACGUACGAUCACCGGCUGAUCGACGGCAGAGAGGCAGUGACCUUCCUGCGCAAGAUCAAGGCAGCGGUGGAGGAUCCCCGCGUGCUGCUGCUCGACCUGUAGAGCAGCCACACCCCCACACAACCCACCCAGGACAGGCCGCAGCACCAGCAGGGACAAUGCAGGGCAUUCAGGAACUGGCAGGGGUCAUUCCAGUCUCUCUCCCUCCGCUGUGAUUGGAGCUGUCCCAGAGGGAAUUACAGGGAUAGCUCCUACCUCCUUUCCUAUUCUGUUUAAUGAAGGUUUAGUAUCUCACAAGAACUGCCAUGCAGUGGGCCAACCACUGCAUGGCACUGCCUUUCCAGAGAUAUCUGUACGGCAUCCUCUCCCUCACAGCACCAAAUUCUCACCUCUAGCUUGUCCAAUACCACUGGAAACUGCUUGCUGCUGCUGUGCUAGGGUACUUUCCCCACCCCUCCAUGACGGGUUCAGCUUUAUUGCCUAGCACUAAGGUUCCUGGGAGGGAGAGGAGAGGAAAGGCUACUGUCCUAUCCAUUUUUUGCUUGAAAAUAUUUCACAGUCAUCUGCCUUGCAAGGGCAGUCUCGGGGACCCCAGGCUCCUUGCAGCAGAGGUUUUGACCAGACCAGGGCUUGAGGUAGGUGUCAUGCUUCUGGCAGUGCCCUAGGUACACUCCCUUCACAGACAGUAACAUGGUGGUGGCAGCUCCCCUACUUUCCCUUGGAGAUUGAUUGUCUCUCACCAGCCUGGUCACUGUGGUGUGAAUGUUCGUGUCCGGGUGGGCAGAGCCCGUGACCUCUGUGGAGGUAGCACUGUUCUGGGGACGACCCUUUCACCAUUACAGGCCCGACACGGGGGUGAGAACGAGCCCCCAGCAACUCUCCUGGAAUCACAGCUCACUGGUGGUGGAUCUGACUGCCGGCUUCCUGCGUGCGGGGGCUUGGCCUGCUUCCAGCAGACACAGCUGGGGGGGCCAGGCCUUUCACUGUAAUGUAUAUCCCAGCCCUUGGGUGCUGGUUCUGGGGGGAGGGGUCAGUCCUUAAUCUGAUAGCGCACACAUGUAUUGAGGGGUGAGGGGGUUGCUAGUGCCUGCAGAGUCUAUUACUCUUACCCCCUACACAGAACUUGUAACAAAUAUUUAACACAGCGGAUUUUAAAUGAAAUAAAAGUGGGCAACGACUGCAA